AUGGAUUGGGCCAAUGGGACUGCCAUCGAGGAAUUCAUUUUGUUGGGAUUCGGAGUCGACCAACAGAAGCGGUUCCUGCUCCUCAUUUUUUUCACCAUUCUCUACAUACUCACAUUGACAGAGAACAUCAUCAUCAUCACACUUGUGCUUCUAGAUGCCCACCUGGCCCAGCAACCCAUGUACAUCCUGCUGAGCAACUUCUCCUGGCUGGAAAUGUGCUAUGUGACUGCCACCGUACCCCGUAUGCUCUUUGAUCUGGGGUCUCCUCGUGGGAUCAUAUCCUUCAGUGCCUGCUUCCUCCAGUUCUAUGUUUUCUUCUCACUUGGGAGCACUGAAUGCUUCUUCCUUUCAACAAUGGCUUUGGAUCGGUAUUUGGCCAUCUGCCACCCACUGCGUUACCCACAAAUUAUGUCCCCAAAUUCCUGCUAUACCUUGGUGGCUACUUGUUGGGUUUUAGGCUUCCUGUGGUACCUUAUUCCAGUAUUUUGGAUGUUCAAUUUGUCCUUCUGUGGCCCCAACAUCAUCGACCAUUUUUUGUGUGAUCCUGGUCCAAUCCUGUCCCUGGCCUGCCCUCCUCUAGGAAAUGCUCCAUAUCUAUGCCAGGUUUUCAUGAAUGUUCUUGUUUUAGGCAAUGUCUUCUUUGUUGUGCUAUCCUAUAGCACUGUGAUUCUCACCCUAACAAAAGCCUCUUACCAAGGCAAUCGUAGGAAGGCCUUCUCCACCAUAUCUUUCCAUCUAGUGGUGGUGACACUGUUUUAUGGCUCAGUCGGAGGGAUGUAUGUAGCUCCAGAAGGAGAAAGCCAGUCAGAGGUCACAAAGGCAGUGACAGUCUUCUACACGGCCAUUACGCCUUUUCUCAACCCUUUGAUUUAUUGUCUGAGGAACAAUCAGGUAAAAGAGGCCCUGGGCAGGUUGCUGAGGAGAAAGGUGAGGAUUUUGAGGAGAAAAGAGAGAGGGUAA